CGUCAUCAACAUGAGUCAGCUUUCUGAGUGAGUCGACGUUGGACAAGACGCUUUAUGCUCGCUAGCUAGCUAUAGUUUGGGUGUUUACUUCGAUAUCUUGUGGUUUUCACCAGCGAUUAAUAAUUCAUUUUGUGGGUUUACUUGCGUCUUAAUAUCAUGUUGGGUAGCUUGUCGAUUCGGUCUUUCAAUCGCAAUGUAAUUGCGGCAAAACCCUGUGUUGUUUUGUAUCGCUAGCUGGCUAGGACCGAAGUUACUAGCGUUGGCUAGCUGAUGCCCACUCCUCUGUGCAGGUGGCAUUAUUACUGAGAGUCUUUGAUUAACUUUAGACAUCGUGACUAUCGUAUUCGUAACAGUCUGUGACACCUAUUCAUGCUCUAAAGGAUAAUCAUUUGGAAACAUGUUUAUGCCAAGAGCACUGAAAGUGAAGAGACCAACAGACAACACAAGUCAGGUGCUUAAGAAGAAGUGCAAGCUGAGCCAGGAGGGAGAGAAGGAAGGCAGUGAUGGCACAGGACAACCCCCCAACCCCAGCCUUCAGACGUCCUCUACAGCUCCCCGUGAGAGUGAAGAGACAAACAUGAACGCUGAGACACAGGUGAAGCCUGCCUACCAGGAGACACACCUUCCAACCCUGGAACAGGGUACAGGGAGUCCUAUACGAGCACCAGAGGACCAACAGUCCUCUGAGUCCAGCCCAGAGGACAGUGAAGAAGAAGAAGAGGAGCCUGUAAAAUCCUUCAGAAAGAGCCAGAGAUGGCCUGAACCGGGGGAGCCCAUCUGUGUCAUGUGUAGUCGCUUUGGGGAGUACAUCUGCGACAGCACCGACAACGAUGUGUGCAGCCUAGAGUGCAAGGCCAGUCACCUGGCUAAAAUGGGCAUGGGCACAGGGGAGGAUGCCUUUAACCGUGACGACACAGGGGAGAAGACGACUUCACAAUGUGGACAGCCAGCUGUUGACAGAGCUGGCAAUAGUGUCGAGGACUUAUACAAGGACUAUUCCUACAAGGAAGAUGCAUUUAUCUCUGGGUUGACAGAGGAGCAAGUGCAGCGGGUAAAGCAGGAGCUGGGCAUUGUGACAGAGGGCAGGGAGGUGGGCAGGCCCAUCAUAGAGUUUGGGCAAUGUAACCUUCCCCCGACUCUCAGUACCAACCUGAAGAAGGCAGGGUAUGAGGCGCCCACCCCUGUUCAGAUGCAGAUGGUGCCCGUUGGCUUGGCUGGCAGGGACGUGAUUGCCAGUGCUGACACAGGUUCCGGGAAGACGGUGGCCUUUCUGCUGCCAGUGGUAGUGUGCGCUUUGGAGAGGCUAGUGGAGGGUGGUCCCGGGGGUCCGGCGGCUCUCAUCCUGACCCCCACCAGGGAGCUGGCCAUCCAGAUCGAGAGGCAGGCCAAGGAGCUGGUGAUAGGCCUACCCAACAUGAGGACUGCCCUGCUGGUGGGAGGCAUGCCCCUGCCCCCACAGCUCCACCGCCUCAAGAGCACCAUCAAGAUAAUAAUUGCUACCCCAGGACGACUUCUGGAGAUCCUAAAACAGAAGGCAGUGCAGCUGGAUGGAGUGAGGGUUGUGGUGGUUGAUGAGGCGGACACCAUGCUGAAGAUGGGCUUUCAGCAGCAGGUCCUGGAGGUUCUGGAGAACAUCACGGAGGAGCACCAGACCCUGCUAACGUCCGCCACCAUCCCCAAGGGCACAGAGCAGCUGGCGGCCCGACUGACCCAUGACCCGGUCCGUAUCGCCAUCGGGGACAAGAACCAGCCCUGCGCCAACAUCCGCCAGAUAGUGCUCUGGGUGGAGGAGCCCUCCAAGAAGAAGAAGCUCUUUGAGAUUUUAAAUGACGGAAAGCUGUACCAGCCUCCGGUGGUGGUGUUUGUGGACUGUAAGCUUGGGGCGGACCUACUGUGUGAGGCCGUGAAGAAGAUCAUGGGCCUCAACACGGUGGCCAUGCACUCAGACAAGACCCAGUGGGAACGCAACCGCAUCCUCAAGGGUCUACUUGAAGGGGACUUUGAAGUGGUGGUCAGCACUGGCGUACUGGGCAGAGGGCUCGACCUAGUCAACGUCAAAUUGGUGGUCAACUUUGACAUGCCAUCCAACAUGGAUGAGUAUGUUCAUCAGGUGGGCAGAGCAGGCAGACUGGGCCACCGGGGCACAUCCAUCACGUUUGUCAACAACGACAACAAGCGUCUGUUCCUGGAGGUGGUGAACCGGGUGAAGCCCACAGGUUCCCAGCUGCCCCCCCAGCUUCUCAACUCCCCCCACCUCCAUGAGCAGCAGAGGAGGGACAAACAGAAAGCCAAGCAAAGAGGGGAGGAUGAUGUCAUGGUCACCAAGACCAACCUCCUCGACAUCAUCCGGAAACACAACAGGAGCUCAAAGAGAUAGACAGAUGCACUUGUUAUUAUGCUACUUUGUGUUUGUGUGUAUAUCUGAGUAAUUUGUCAAUUUUGAAUAAAAUUUUAUGAACAUGA